GAAUCAGUGAUUGAAGAUGGGUUCGAUCCACAUGCGCAGAAUUCAGAGCCAAGAAUUUCGUUGCGUAGGAAGAGAAAACAAAUAGAAGCAAAACCAACAAUUGAAAGAAAUAGUGGAUCUACAAGAAGGGCUUCAACUGCUGAAGAAAAUGAUAAGAUUGAUCCCAACGCGAAUCACUGUUUGUGUAAUCAGCCAUAUGAUCCCAAGAAAUUUUACAUAAGGUGCGACAUAUGUAAUCGUUGGUUUCAUGGGCGAUGCGUUAAAAUCACUGAAAAACAGUCGAAGAAAAUGUCUGAUUGGUCGUGUAACGAUUGUGUUAAUGAGCAAAAGAGCGAUCAGUAUUUGCAUGUAAUUUUAUCUAAAUUUAACGAGAGUUGCAUAAUUAUAAGUGACAUUUUUUUGAAGGAAAUAUAUUGUGUUUGCAAAACACCUUAUGAUGAUAAGCGGUUUUACGUUGGGUGUGAUGGUUGUCAAGGCUGGUUUCAUCCGGAAUGUGUCGGAACGACUCAAAUGGAAGUGACGAAGAUUAGCGAGUACUUAUGUCCGAAGUGUAUUAACAAUACCCAUAACAGUUCUGAAUCGAAUUUUUCUGUAAAUUCGUCUAUACAGCUACAUCGAGGAGAUUAUAAACAUUUAUUGCGGAUUUAUGAAUUGCUUUUCAAACAUCGUAAUAGUUGGCCGUUCAGGGAACCGGUUGAUCAGAAAAAAUACCCUAACUACUAUCAAGUUAUAAAGAAACCCAUGGCACUUUCUGAUGUUUAUAAUAAGAUGAAGGAAUUGGGAUACGAAUAUCUAAGUGAUUUCAUAGCUGAUAUAUCACAGAUCUUUGAUAAUGCUCGAAUGUUUAAUCCAAAAGGCUCACCAAUAUACAAUUGUGCUGAAAUAUUGGACAAAAAAUUUCGUGAAGAAAUAAUUCGAAUGAAAGGAGUUUAUUCUGAAACAGUUCACCUCGGGAGGUUAGAUUCAUUUUUUGUUUGA